CCCUGCAAAGAAGGGAACUUAUCUGAGGAUUCUUGCUGCAGACACAGACAAACAAGGGAAAGUGAAAAGCGCAAAGGAGUAUCAAGUUUCAGAUACGGAACAGCCACUAAGAGCUGAGAACCAUGACACACACCAGUCCCUGCAGCUGCCUGGAGUAUGCGCUGCUUGUGCUGUGUAUACUGAAGGCUGCAGUUGCCUUCCCUAACUCCUCUCCACUACUGAAUCCCAGCUGGGGGAAUGGAGAUCAGCUGAUGCACUUGUACACUUCUACAGAGAGGAACAGCUUCCAUCUCCAAAUCAAUGCUGAUGGACACAUCAGUGGUGUUCCUCACCAAACCAUUUACAGUGCCUUAAUGAUCAAGUCUGAGGGUGCUGGCUCUGUGAUAAUCACAGGUGUGAAGAGUGGACGCUACCUAUGCAUGGACAUGAAAGGAGACAUUUUUGGAUCGCAUUAUUUCAGCCAAGAGGACUGUGUGUUCAACCAAAGGACACUGGAAAAUGGAUAUGAUGUGUACCAAUCUCCCAAACACAAUUUUCUGGUUAGCUUGGGCAGAACUAAGCAAGUUUUCUUCCCUGGUAUGAAUCCACCACCGUACUCCCAGUUUUUGUCCAGGAGAAAUGAAAUCCCUUUGUUUCGAUUCAACACACCUGAACCCCACAGAAACACUAGAAGUGCAGAUGUCGAUCCAAUGGAUCCUCACCAGAUCCUGAUCCCACAGAGAAAGGUCUCUGCAUUAGAUUCUCUGCUGCAGCUGCAAAUGGACUUUUCCCAUGUGCCCAGAGAACCCGUGAGAGUCAAUCAGAAUGAUGUAGUCAACCCAGAUGACCCACACGCUAUGAUGGAUGCCAGGAGGUAUGCUAGUCCUCGCUUCUACAUUACAAGAUGACGGCAACCACUUGCAAAUUGAUGACGCAGAUGAAUAUAAUAGACAGAAGUGCCUAAAACACUCAACCUGAUUUCUAACCCUCAAGGUGGCUGCUAGAAACCUGAAGAACAUUGACAAAAACCAAUUUUCUUUCAAAUUUUGUCCUUAUGCAUGACAGUUUACUGAAAAAGGGUGUUGCACUCUGCUCUACUGGAAAGAAGGUCCAUUUUCAAAAAGAAUAAUAUAAACAGAAUAUUUUACAGUCUGAAAUACCUUUAGUAUGCAUAAGGAAAACAGAAUUCACUUGAAUGUAAUGAUGAACUAAUUUUGUGUUACUGAUGUAUCUGGGGGAAGACAUGAGCCCUGGAGGAUUUGAAACGCCAGCAGGGGCAGAGAAUCUUCUUACUAGCUCACGUGCAAGCACAGCAAGACUAACUUACCAACAGUGUGUUAUAUCAUCAUUUAAAACUUAUUAUAUAUAUUUUUAGGCAUUGAGAUUGGAGCUUCAGUAUCUUUUUGUGCCCAUAGGAGUCAAGAAAUGACAACUCUGGUAUGAAAAAAACAACCAGUGCACAAUGUAAACUGGAGUAGCUGACAGGGACCAAAUGGUGUCGACAGUCAUUUCUGACACCUAUUGAACCCAAGCUGAGGUUUGGAAAAAAAGAGAAGUUGAGUCUCACCAUUCUCUCAAGUCCUCUGUCAUAUCUCUCUAUUCACUUAAUUAUAGCAACACAAUAUGGAAAUAUAAUUCCCAGAGAGAAGUACCAGGAUCAGUAGUAUGCCAAAAUGUUAGUUUAUUUUGCACAGUGCUGAAUUCUCUAGGA